AUGGCUUCAGACAACUUUUGGAAACUAAGAUUUAUACUUGUUCUAACUUUAAGUGCAGUAAAUUUAACAACUGGACAGUAUUAUAAAAUAACUUUCAUAAAAGAUGAAGAGUUAGAAAAAUGGACUUUUGUCGGAAAUGUAUCAGACGCACCUGGAUUCAUAAGGUCGAUUCCGGCAGCAGAUCGAGGAAGUUUGCUCUUCCAUUUCUUGGAGCAGACGAUGAUUAAUUCUAUACUUAGCAUACAUGAUGAGACUGGUUCCUUAUUUACAACUGUCGUUAUUGAUCGGGAAUCAAUCCCAGAAUGCUUUGUACCUGAACCAUGUGUUUUGUCGUUCGACAUUGCUGCAACUUCAAAAUGGAAAGAUAGUUUGUUUGAGAUUAUUUCUGUAAAUGUUGUUAUCAACGAUAUAAACGAUAAUUCGCCAACUUUUCCACGUGAUACUCAAGCAAUUGCUAUAUCAGAAGCAGCAGUAAACGGGUCGUCAUAUUUGAUUGAAAGUGCAAAUGACAAUGACACAGGUGCAAAUAAUUCUAUUCAGUAUUAUGAACUUAUUGGUGAUUUAAAUGUUUUCGCAUUAGAUGUAGAACGUAAACUCGACGGAAGACUUUCAGUAAAACUUCUUAUAAUUGGAAAGUUAGAUCGAGAAAGGAAAGAUUCUUAUACUUGUACCGUAAUUGCCAAAGAUGGUGGCAGACCUCAACGAGCUGGAACGAUGGAAUUGAAUAUUACUAUUACAGAUGAAAAUGAUAAUGCGCCGUACUUUACUAAAACUGCUUAUAAUGUAACUGUAAAGGAAGAUACUGAAGAUGGCACUGGUAUUUUACAGAUAAGUGCCACUGACAAUGACAUUAAAGAAAACAGUUGGCUUUUAUAUCAUCUAAGUCCACAUCAGUCAGAUCUGGAAGAAUUCAAGUCACUGUUUUAUAUUAAUGAAAACACAGGCGUUCUCGGUGUAAUUGGCCAGUUGGUCUAUGAACCAGGAAAAAUUUACAAAGUAAUUGUUGAGGCCGUAGAUCGAGGCAAGCCGUCAUUGUUAUCCACAAAUCAAGCUGUGGUAACAGUUUACGUAGAGGAUACUGGAAAUAACCCUCCAACUGUAAAAAUUAAUCUUUUAUCAAGUGGCAGUGGACGCGUUGUCAAUGUUUCUGAAUUUUCGACAGUAGAUACUUUUGUUGCCCAUGUUGAAGUGAAAGAUAAGGACACGGGACAGAAUGGAGAUGUUAGUUGUUCUGUUGUUGAUUCAUCUUUUGCCCUUAAAACUUUAUCAAAUAAAGGCUUUAAAGUUGUUGUAGCUAAAACAUUAGACAGUGAAAAACAAGAUCUUCAUACAGUAGUCAUAACUUGUAAGGAUAAAGGUAACCCUGUUCUAAGUUCUUCUGAUAAUUUCCUUGUACGUGUCACUGAUGAAAACGACAGCACCCCGAAAUUUACAAAAAAUAAAUAUUUUGAAGAUUUCUUUGAAAAUAAUAACAGAGGGGACCUAGUUAUAUCUGUAAGAGCAACAGAUGCUGAUAAAAGUAAUACAAAUAACUCCAAGAUUGAAUAUUAUUUAGAACCAGCAGUACGGGACUACUUUGCAAUUGACGCAAGCACUGGGACAAUUAGGGCACUUGCAUCUUUUGACCGAGAAGACAAAAGUGUGUGGACUUUUAAAGCUUUUGCAUGUGAUUUUGGAAAGCCACCACUCACUGGUAAUGCAACGGUCAAUAUCCGAAUAAAAGAUGAAAAUGAUAAUGCGCCAAAAUUUUCAAAUGCAACUUUUCUGUUCUAUGUUCAAGAAAGUCUUCCAUCAGGAACUGUCAUUGAUAGACUUACAGCAGAGGAUUAUGAUGUUGAUGAAAACGGAAUGUUCACUUAUGCUAUUGCUGAUACAAAAGAAAUGAAACUGCCAUUUUUACUCUUACCUGAUGGAGUUAUAAAAACGGUUAUGGAAUUAGAUAGAGAAAAGAAAGAGUCUUAUGAAUUUACUGUUAUUGCAAUAGAUAAAGGAGUUCCGAAAAGAACUAGUAGUGCUAAUGUUGUUGUUAAAGUGACUGAUGUUAAUGACCAGUCACCGAAAAUUGUGUUCCCUAAAAAAGACAUAAAUGAUACAAUCGUUAUCGAUCAUUUAAAACCAAGCGGAAGUUUCAUUACAAAAAUAGAAGCUUACGAUCUAGAUGAGGGAGAAAAUAGUAAAUUGUCGUAUGUUAUCGAAGAAGAUAAUUCAAAUAGGUUGUUUUUACUUAAUCUUAAAUCUGGAGUUCUUUCAGUGGCUCAGCCAUAUGAAGUUGAAGAGAAUGCAGAAGAGAAAUUUACGUUGGUGAUUGCAGUGCAUGAUGGGGGAAUACCUCAAAGAUUUGAAAGAGGAGAAUUAAAUGUUGUAAUUAAAUACAGUAACGAGACAACCACUGAGCCACCACCUGUAAGUUCAGGACCAAACACGAAUAUUGUUAUAGUCAUAGUGGUUAUAUUUUUGACGUUCUUCUUGUCUUUGGCGGUUAUAAUUGUGAUCUGUGUCAUACGGAAGUUUGACAGAAAUAGAAUGAAGACUCAGAAUAUUCAAAUAAACAAGCUUCCAAAUAACAUGACUGAGAUAAGAGACAAUACUGCUAAUGGUACGAUCAUGUCCCGUCCAUACGAUAAAGUCGACUCACUGAAAAAGAAAAAGGAAUCUAGAUUUUCAGUUGAAGAUGGCUUAGAUGGGCUAGGAAUUCACAAAUGGAACUUUUCAAACAAUUCUGUGUUCACAGAGCCAGUUACAGAGUAUUUCACAGAAAAGCAGACUGUACAUGGUCAGUAUAGUGAUAAUAUGACCAGCUUUUUAACUCAUCUGAUCUAUGUUCACGGUCAUCCGUUAGUCACCUUCUUGAAUAUCCAUGUAAUAAGGGUGUUAGGUUCUGUUGGAGGAAUCUGUGCUUUGACGGCAUUUAGUGGAGUGGUGGUUGCCCUUGUGGAAUUAUGGUCAUGUAUAAUACAAGAUUUUCAGGCUCAGCAAGAGAAUGGACAAGAAGCUAACAGACUAGCAAGAGAAGCUAAAAGAAGGGAAGAUGCCGAUGCCGAUGCCGAAGUCUCAGCCCAGGUCUUUCAUGGCAAGCCAAGGAGCAAUAAAGAAGAAAAUGUUCCCGAUAGCUUUGAUAUCUUCGACGAUCCAAUAGGCACAUAUUCACAGCCAACUUCAGAUACACAGACCAAAUGUUUGACUGCCUGA